CGGGCCGGGCCGGGCUGGGGCGGGAGGUGCGCUGCCCACUGCGGUGCCGCCGCCCGUUGCGGGUGGAGCGGCGAUGCGAGGCGCGGGCCGGGCUCAGCCCAGCCGCGGUACGGGUCAGGGCGGCCGUGCGGAGCCGCGAUAACGGCCGUGUCCCCGGCGGCGGCGGGCAGGGGCACCCGCGGGCGGGUCUGGGGCGCAGCGCGCCGGGCGUCGCGCCCGACAGCGGCCGGGAUGUUGCUUCAUGUGGUAAAUUCGCUGCGUAAGGGAUACGAUGACUCAGUCAGAUUUAGAUCUUAAAGAGAUGGCACUGAAAGAAGAUUUGAAGUUUUACUUUAUGAACCCAUGUGAAAAAUACAGAGCAAGACGUCAAAUACCGUGGAAACUGGCUUUGCAGAUCUUGAAGAUAGUCAUGGUUACUACACAGCUUAUUUUUUUUGGUCUGAGUAACCAGUUGGUGGUCUCUUUCAAAGAGGAAAACACUAUUGCUUUUAAACACCUAUUCCUGAAAGGCUAUUCUGGAGUUGAUGAAGAUGACUACAGCUGCAGCAUAUAUACACAACAGGAUGCAUAUGACAGCAUUUUUUAUGUUAUUAAUCAGUACAGACAAUUAAAGAACAUAUCCCUGGGGACACUUGGUUAUGACCAUGAAGGUUCAGGUUUAAAAAUCUGUAAACAACAGUACAAGAAAGGCACAAUGCUUCCUUCCAAUGACACGCUAAACAUAGAUGUUUCUACUGAAACAGAAUGUAUGUUUUUAAAGCCACAGGAGCUGGCUACCAAGAAAGCUGAACUGAAGAUGAAUUCCUCUUUUUUCAAUCUUGAAUUUUACAGACUUAUACAGGUUGAAAUCUCCUUCAAGCUGAAAGGCAUUGCUCUGCAGACAAUCCAUGCCCGUGAAUUGCCUGACUGCUAUGCAUUUCAAAAUACUAUAACUUUCAAUAAUAAAGCCCACAGUGGAAAAAUCAAAAUCUAUUUUGAUAGUGACACUGAUAUUCAAGAAUGCAAGGACUGGCACAUAUUUAGCUCUGUUCUCCAGAAAAACACUCAGUAUAUUCUGGCCUUUGAUGGAUUUGUCAUUUUAAGUUGCUUUGCUUCUCUCAUCUUGUGCACAAGAUCCAUUGUUCUUGCCUUGAGACUACAAAAAAGAUUUGUGAACUUCUUCUUGGAGAAAUAUGAACGUCACGUCUGCCACACUGAUCGCCUGGAGUUCAUAAAUGGAUGGUAUGUCCUGGUAAUUAUCAGUGAUGUGAUGACAAUCAUUGGGUCAAUCCUAAAAAUGGAAAUAAAAGCCAAGAACCUCACAAGUUACGAUGUCUGCAGCAUUUUACUUGGAACAUCAACUUUGUUUGUCUGGGUUGGAGUCAUCAGAUACCUGGGAUAUUUUCAAACCUACAAUGUGCUCAUUCUAACUAUGCAGGCAUCAUUGCCCAAAGUGCUCAGGUUUUGUUGUUGUGCUGGGAUGAUUUAUCUUGGCUAUACUUUCUGUGGUUGGAUUGUCCUGGGACCUUAUCAUGAAAAGUUUGAAGAUCUGAACACAGUGGCUGAGUGUCUCUUUUCUUUGGUCAACGGUGAUGAUAUGUUUGCAACGUUCGCUCAAAUCCAGCAGAAGAGCACACUGGUGUGGGUGUUCAGUCGGUUAUAUCUGUACUCCUUCAUUAGUCUGUUUAUAUACAUGAUCCUCAGCCUUUUUAUUGCACUCAUUACCGACUCCUAUGACACCAUAAAGAAAUACCAACAAAGUGGGUUUCCAGUAACAGAUCUACAUGAAUUUCUAAAGGACCGUGGCAGUGUUGGUUACAGAAAAGAACAGAAUUCCUUGUCAUUCAUCUGCUGCUGUAGGAGACAACAUAGUGAUGACAACUUGAUACUUAUUAAUUGAUAGUGGCAAAUUUCAAUGUGUAACCAGUAUAUGCAAAGAAGGCAUAGCUGUAUGGAGAGGAAGAAUUCUCCAAAUUUCAAUGGAACCCACUAUCUGGACCUGCCUCACUGAGAACAGAUUAAUCUUACUUAAUGUGUUGGGGAAAGAAAAGCUGCUAAUGUGACAUCAGCUGGAUGCCCAGGAGGAGACCUCAGAAGCUUCAUCUGGAGGAGAGCUGUGAAGAGCUCUGUAUUUUUGCCCCAAGUUCUGUCACAUUAAAGAAGGCUGAUUCUUGAGCAUUGUCUGUGGGAGCUCUAUUUGUCAGCCACCUCUAGGAGGAGGGAAAGUGGCCUUGAAUCAACAGUUGUUUGUAAAAAAAAAAUCUAUGAAUACUUUAAAAAAGAUAAUUCUGUGUGAAGAAGUAUUAAAUAAAAGGUGGUCAAGAAGGGAAAAGCUUUUGAAGUGAUGUAUUCAGCCUGUGAUUUCUACUUGGCACAAUUUAUUUCCUUUAAAUAAAUUUCUAUAAGACUACAAAGCUGCACAAAAGUGCAAAAUAAUUCCCUUCCUCCUCUUGUAG